UCAGUUUCAUUUAAACUUUCCGACUCAUCAGCCCAACUUUUUCGUAAGCGACAUUUUCGGCAUAUAAGUCUGGGCGGCCAGUGAUUAGCAUUUAGUUGAAUUUUGAUUGUCAAGGGACUGGUGUCGUCAACUCGAUUGGAAAUGCAUUUCUUCAUAGUACCCUUCCUCCUGGGCUUUGCAGCGGCGGCCCCGCAAGGAUACAACUACCAGGCCCAGGCUCCACAGCAGCUCCACUCGCCGGUGCAGCUGCCUUCCAUCCCGCAGUUCGCCAGCCUCGCAGAGCAGUCGCUCCUGCAGCAGGCGCUCCAGGCGCCGCAGCUGCAGCAGGUCCUGUCCGGAGGAGGUGUCGCUUCGUCCUACUCCACAUCAGCCCAGCAGCAGCACGCUCCCGUCUACCAGCAGCAGCAGCAGGUCGCGCAGCCCUACCAUGCCCUUCCUCAGCCCCAGCAGCUUCCCCAGCAGCAGCAGCACCUCGUGUCCAAGGACAUCUACGUGCAUGUGCCGCCGGCAGAGGAGCCCGAGGAGCGCUACCCGCAGCCCGUCCUGCCGCCUGCCCCGCCGCGCAAGCACUACCGCAUUGUGUUUAUCAAGGCGCCGACGCCCAGCGUCAGCAAGGCAGCCCUGCGCAUCAAGCAGGCGCCCGUGGAGGAGAAGACCAUCAUCUACGUGCUGACCAAGAAGCCGGACCCCCUGGACCUGCAGGCGGCCAUCGAGGAGGCCGCGCCCAAGCAGCCCAGCAAGCCGGAGGUCUUCUUCAUCAAGUACAAGACCCAGGAGGAAGCUGCGCAUGCGCAACGCACGAUCCAAGCCCAAUAUGACCAGCUGGGGGGCACCUCGCAGGUCUCCGAUGAGGGAGUCGCUCCCGUCACGUCGGUGAUUGGCGUCCUGGACCACCAGCGGACCAACCUUGCCGGGGGGGCCUUGGCCAACAACUACCUGCCGGCCAAUCUGCGCACCUAGAUGAACUAGAUGAACACCACAAAAGAACUGUCCUACUCUUAAGCUGCACCUUUUGUAUAUACCAUACUUAGAUAAAUAAAAUGAUAAUAGCCCGAA